GUGCGCUCACGCCAAAUGUGCAAGUGAAAGUGUUGUUUUCCUCUUUGUGUUUUGAACCGCCGCUCGGUUUUACUUUUUGGCGUUAGCUCAAAUCCGGGUUCACCGGAAAUGUUUUUUUCGACGUUUUCUUUGAGUUUUGUUCCGUGAGAGGUUUUUCCGAGUUUUCGGCUUUUCAUGCAUCUCAGGCGCAACGUCACGACUUCUGGUGAAGAAUGCUAUCCCACUCCUCCUGGCCCCAUCGACUGUCGCCAUCUGUGACCCUGUUCAACACUAGCGUCGCGCUAGGGCAGUCGGAGGAAUCGGGAAUAGAACCGGGUCCUAUAGCCACGAUAACCGGAUCCCUGUUCUCCUUUCCUGAACAUGGGGAUCUCGACCACUACGACACCGAUCAUACGGACCUGGGUAGCGAGGCGGAUGAGGCCGAACUCAGGAGGGCAUUGCUGAGGGACCAAUGGAGGCAGUUUUUCGACAAAUACGACAGCGAGGGUUUUGGAGAGAUACCCUGGGAUCAAUUUCUCAUUGUGAUGAACGACGCGGAAUUCUGUCAACGAAUUUCCCAGGGAAAACGCGAAAUACUUCUGGAGAGGUCCAAAAAUGCCACCACACCUGCCAUCACGUUUCAGGACUUCGUCAAUGUGAUGACCGGCAAGAGGACUAGAAGCUUCAAAUGCGCCGUUCAUCACCGGGAUAGAGAGGUUUCCUCGGAGAGCGACUAUCAUCUGAUAACAGAGGACCCGUCAAUAUUUCGCAACAGGAUGGUAACGAUAAUAGCCGAUCAGUUUUUGACAGACGACAGGGAUAGGAAGUACUACGCCGACAGGUACACCUGCAAGCCGCCUCCCGUCUUCAUCUUGCUCAUCACGCUAGUAGAGCUCGGAUUCUUCGUGUACUACUCGGUGGUCAGGGGAGAGGUGAAUCCGGCAGGACCGGUGCCCAUCGAUUCUGUGUUCAUCUACAGGCCGGACAAGAGGAAGGAGAUAUGGAGGUUCCUGCUCUACAUGAUGCUGCAUGCAGGUUGGCUUCAUCUGGGUUUCAACCUUGUCGUGCAGAUGGUCGUGGGCCUGCCUCUGGAGAUGGUCCACGGUUCCGGGCGUGUGGCCCUCAUCUACAUGGCCGGAGUGGUGGCCGGUUCCUUGGGCACCUCGGUCUUCGACACCGAAGUCUGCCUGGUGGGAGCCAGCGGUGGUGUCUACGCUCUUUUGGCCGGCCACCUGGCUAACAUCAUGCUCAACUACAACAACAUGCAGAGCGGCAUCCUCAAACUCAUGGGCAUCAUUGCGAUAGCAUCCUGCGACGUAGGCUACGCCAUCUACUCGAGGUACGCGGGUGAGGUCUUUGGCCCGCCAGUGUCGUACGUGGCGCACCUGACCGGUGCCCUGGCCGGCCUCACCAUCGGCCUCUUGGUGCUCAAGAACUUCGAGCAGAAGCUCCACGAGCAGCUGCUGUGGUGGGUGGCGUUGGGGGUCUACGCGGCCUGCACGAUCUUCGCCAUCCUCUUCAACGUGAUGAACCCCUCGGUGGGACCCCUGGAGAACCUCGGAGAGGGCGUGGACAGUCAGUACAUGUACAGCAGGUUCGGGGUGUAGCGGGGACGAGAGAAUUUCUUUUUGGUUUAUGUGUAAAUACGUUUUUGUUUUAUUCCAAAGGGAUUCGGAUUUGUCGUUUAGGUAGACGUGGAGGAGAAAAACUUUUUUUUUAUACCAGUGAAUUAACGACGAUUUGGUUUGCUCAAUUGGAGCGGGGUGCGCAUUUUUCGAACAAUUAUAUGGCGAAAUGCUCGAAUUCCAAAAUUCAUGUAAAAUUGUAAAUAGUCCUAGAUAUUAUUUAUUUGGAACGUACCAAAGACUGAAAUAAAUAAAUUUUUAAAUUUAUUUAUGUUGGUUCCAGGAGUCAUUGAUGAUUUUUUUUUCCAAGUCCAACUGUAGUUCCUAAGCGAUGCAUUUCUAAACACAGUCCAGAACCUAAAACUGCCUUAAAGUUGUUUCUUUGAUAAGCGAGGUGUUCGAAUUGGCUGGAACCAAUUUUAAGUCAAUGACUCCUGAAUAUUGAUAUUGUUAUUUUGAUAUUCCUCCUGUCCAGAGAUUCGUUUGAUGUUGAUAAAAAGCAAUAAAUAAAUAAACCCUCCAAACCUGAAUCUCUGGAUGGGGAAUAUGAAGAAGAAAUGUUAAUUUCAAGUGAUAUUAUAAAACUAGUCAUAAAUAAUGUUUAAGUCAACCAAAGAUCCUGCUAGUUUAUAUAUUUAUUACACAAGAGAAGGUAGAUUUUUCACAUUACCACUAAAAAUAGAUGUCACGAAGAAAUUUUGUAUUUUUUUACACUCAGGUAGAACAGUUUUGUAAUGUUGAACUGAUGGUUAAACACUCUGAUUAUUGUUAUUUUCCACGAUACACAGUUUUUGAAUGGCCUUUAUCUUUCAUUAUUGAAUUAAAUCAACUAUUUCAAAUUUUCUUUAUUUGUAGCUUUAACUAUCCUCUUCCAUUAUUCAAGAUUUUCGUUUGAUCUUUUGAAGGUAAGGUCAAACUUUGGACGUAGAAUGCACCUUAUGGACUAAUUCAAUUUUUCUAAGGUGAAUUGAAAUCAAGAAAGAACAUGAAACAGUUUUUGAAAUGAACAGUAAUUAAUAUUUGAUAGUCGAAGAAACGUGAACAAUGCUUCGUACAGAAGAAAGUGAAACGUUGGGGGAAGAAGCGAAAAAUAUUGAUAAUAGAAAAGACUCGGAAGAAGAAAUUCAUUGCGGAAUUGUAAACGUGAUCAGACGGUGAAGAAAAAAAUUUGAAACCUUCGUGAUGAAAAUGUUAAGAAAGAAAAAAUUAUCGAGACAAAAUACAAGCGAUAUGGUCGGACGGAGGACAACAAAAAAUCGAAUGAAUUGUUCCAUUUUGAACCAUCCAGGAUGGAAACCUCAAAAACAAGCCGAAUAUUGGAAGCCACUGAUAUCAAAGUGUUAUACAAAAUAGCAGCAAAAAAACUCACAGAUCGGGAAAGAAGCAAAUGAACAUCAGAAGCAUGUGUGGAAUUGAUAACAUCAAUGAUUGGGUAUUGAAGAGAGAAAAGGAAUGGAAUGAGAAGGGACUGAAAAUGGCACAAGACAAAUCACCAGUUGGUCGCAGCAGUAUGUGAUGACUGCGAAAACAUGGGAGUGAUAAUUUGCCAGCUGAAGAAAACGAGCAGUUUACUAAAUUAUAACUAGAAAGAAGAAGAAUGUCCUUCACAGGCAUAUCACAUUGUGAUUUGGGAUUCAGUUGUAUUGUUCCUGUAAAUUCACCAUUUCAGAUAGUACCCAGACACAACAAUGGAUGGUACCAAGCUCAUGAUGCUAGCAGUUGAAGAUACUUUGUCCAUUUCGGAACCGUGAGGAGAUUUUGGCUCAGCUUUCAGAUUGUCCUGAAUCAAGUGUAUACUGGCAACAUUGCUCAGGCUGAUAUCUGUCGAUUCGUUUUGAACGCAGACCAGAGGAUUUGGAAUGCCAGUCGGAAAUGAUUUGAGUUUCGUCAAGAACAUAGCAUUUUGGGUAUCAAACUGGAAAAAAACUGAAACGGGAUCGUCAAAACCUCCAUGAAUAUCUUGUGCGAACGGCCCUCAAGGAAAGCUGUUGGUUGUGACUACCGAGGUCUCCCGAUUUCAACCCAGAUGGUAUUACCUGAAAAUCUACAGCACCCACGUUUGUCCUGCUGUUGGAAUUUAGUUUAUUCAGUAUAUUCACUAAAUUUUAACUGAAAUGUUUCUUAAAAUGAACCUGAGCAAUAUCUUUGGAAUCAAAAUUCUCUUUUGUUUUUAUGUCUGGAAGGUUUUUGUAAAUAAAAUAAUGUUCCCUAUUUUUUCAUCAAUAAAAUAGUAAAUUCAA